AUGGAUACUAAAGAAGUUGUUGAUCAUCUGGUAGCUUUAAAAGUAAUGAGACUGACCAAACCGGCCUUAAUUAGCCCAAAAAUAGUCACUUGCGAUUUUAAAGAUUUACCAGGGAAUAUUUUGAAUAAUUAUUUGAAAGAUGAUGCUACAUCAGUUGUACAAAUGGAGACAUUAGGAGCUGGACAAUUUCUUUUGUUGCCCCAAAGUUUUGGUAAUAUUUAUCUAGGUGAGACAUUUUCUUGCUAUGUCUGUGUUCAUAAUGAAACAAAUCAACCAGUUCAAAGUGUAUCUAUUAAGGCUGAUUUGCAAACAAGCUCUCAAAGAAUUCCAUUACCUACUCAACAAAAUCAAUCUCCUGUUAUGCUAGAUGUAGAUGAGACUUUAAGUGAUGUCAUACACCAUGAAGUAAAAGAUUUAGGCACACAUAUUUUAGUUUGUGAAGUUACCUAUAUGUCAAAUUAUAAUACGUUGGCUUCAUUUAGGAAAUUUUUCAAAUUUGAAGUCAUGAAACCUCUUGAUGUUAAAACUAAGUUUUAUAAUGCUGAAUCCGAUGAUGUGUUUGUAGAAGCCCAAGUACAAAAUAUUACAUCAGGUCCUAUGAUACUUGAACAAGUGUCAUUAGAAAGCUCCCAUCAAUUCAUAGUGAAAUCACUUAAUGAAGAUAACAAUGGAAUGUCGGUAUUUGGUGAUGUAACGUUGCUACAACCACAGGAGAGUUGUCAAUAUUUAUACUGUCUUACACCAAAAGAAAAUAUCUCAAAAGAUAUAAAAUUAAUUGCUGCAGCUAAAAAUAUUGGUAAACUGGAUAUUGUUUGGAGAUCUAAUUUAGGCGAGAAAGGUAGGCUGCAAACAAGUCAAUUGCAGAGAAUGACUCCUGAUUAUGGAGACAUAAGAGUAACAUAUGAGAAUUUAUCUAGUAAGAUACCUGUUGAUGAACCAUUCAAUUUCAAAUGCAAUAUAGUUAAUGCAAGUGAUAGAACACUGGACUUAAUUCUUAAACUUAGAUCUCUUCAAGAUUCAAGUCUUUUGUGGUGUGGCAUUUCUAAUAGAAAACUGGGGCCAUUAGAACCAGGAAAAUCAACAAUUGUAAAUUUAACUGCUUUGCCUAUUAACCCUGGUCUACAUAAUAUAACAGGAGUUUCAUUAGUAGAUUUAUUUUUGAAGAGAACAUAUGAUUAUGAUGAUCUAGCAUCUGUUUAUGUUGUU